CAGCUAAUCUCCAGUAUGAUCCUGGUGUUCAGAAUGAAAAGUCUCGUGAUUCUUGCUUUCUGCUGUACUGCCGUUUUGGCUGUGCCAACGGUCUACGAGGAUGGAGUGGCAGCAGAAAAAUGCACAGCUGACGUCUGCGUAGCUUCAGACGGAUGCCGUUGCGCAACAUCUACAAAUCCCUUAAGUUCUGAUCAACAGUCUCCACAACUCAUCAGUUUAACUUUUGAUGAAGCUGUGACUGAGGACUUGUACAACAACUUUUGGUACCCUCUCCUUUUCGAACGAAACAACCCAAAUGACGAGCCAAUUAGUGCUACUUUCUUUGUGCCACAUGAAUAUACCGACUACGAAAUAGUAAACAAAAUAUAUAAUAGCGGAUUUGAAAUCGGUGUACACUCUAUCACAAAGAACAACCUCCAAACAUACUGGCGUGGUGCUACCGAGGGACUUUUGGAACAAGAAUUUGGAGGUCAAAAGAAAAUUCUUAAUAAAUUCGCGAACAUCCCUGAAGAAGAUAUCGCUGGUGUAAGAACUCCUCAGUUGCAAUUGGCUGGUAACUACUCUAUUAAAGCUUACCAAGCCGCGGGAUUGUCUUAUGAUAGUUCGUGGCCAACUUUGCCUGACAUAUCUCUCUAUCCAUAUACUCUCGACUACUUGAGCAACCAACAAUGCCUUUUAGGAAGCAAAUGUCCAAAUGAAGCUUUCAAAGGUUUCUGGAUUCUUCCAAUUAAUGACCUUCAUGGAGAGCAGAACAGAGAGUGUAGUACUGUUGCAUCUUGUAACAUUACUGGUACCGCCGAUGAAAUUGCCAAGUGGUUGACAGAUGAAGUCGAUCAAAUUCGUAACGGUAACAGAGCACCUCUAACAUUGCUCAUAAAUUCCUACUGGUUUGAUUUCACCGAGAACAGCUAUGACGGUUUCACCAAAUUUUUGGACACACUCGCGACCUACGAUGACGUUUAUCUCGUAUCACAGAAAGAAGUCCUUGACUGGAUAAAGAACCCUGUUCCAUUGUCCGAAUUCAAAACUGAAUUACCAACGAGGAAUGCUGCAUGCAAGGCUUAUAGCUGCAAACUGCAGAAACCAGAUGGCCAAGACAGAUAUCUGAAAGCUUGCAUCCCUUGCCCUGCUUCUUACCCAUGGUUAGAUAAUCCAGAUGGUAAUUAAUCAUAUCAAGAACGAAUAAAUAAAAGUGUAACAUAUUUUUUCAGUUAAUAAAGAUUAUUUAUUAGCUCAA